GUCUAUCCUUAUUGAGCUACGAACCAAACAAAACUUAUGCGUUUCCCUUCUGUUUUCCAUUUUAAAAAAAACUUCUGUGAUGACUCCAAUGAAAGUUCCCACUCCACCCCAAGACUUAAGAAAUUUGAAAACCGAAGAAAGAAUAUCACAAUUGCUAUUUCGUCCUUCUCUUUCCAUAAUAUACAUCAUAGAUUCAUACAUCAUCACCGAAGAUCUACACUACGCCAUUUGAAUAUCUUUUCCCCAAGCCGAAAAAGCCCCCAAACACACCUCCCCAUCAAGAGAGAUUUUGUGCGUAGGAAAUGGCAAAGAUUUCUGAACAGAAAAUCGGCGAAGGUCAAUGAGGAUACGGAAACCCGAAUCUGAAAAUCUUUCUAUAAUCGUCUCCUUUGUGUGGGUACAAAGAGAAGCCAGCAAAACUUGAACUCACUAAUCUGGUAACUGCUUUAAUGGCGCUCACUAGCUGUAAAUGAAUCAUCAGUUUUUUCCUUUUUCUUUACAGGAAACCUUUUUUGGAUUUAUGGUAUGAUAAAAAGUUGAAAAAGUCUGGAAAAAGGACUAAUUAAUGAUUAUUCUGAGUCUAGAGGCUUUAUUAACAUAAAUGGAAAGCCUCUCUGGUGGGGCUCUGAGUAUGGUAUGGGGCGGUGUAUGCUUUGUAAUAUUUCUAAUGAUUUAAGUACACGCUGCUUCAGAAAGUUAGUGUGAGAAAAGACUCUUUUAUAGUUAGAUAAAGUUCGUGGCUUUGAGAGAGGAAAAGAAAGAGGUUCGUCACUUUUCUUUGUUCCAUGUGUUUGCAUCUGUAUAUUUCCAAAAAAAUCAGAUUGGGUACAAUUUUAUUUUCUUUUUUUGAAUUCAAGAAGGGUUGUUUUUAUUAAAGUUUGAAUCUUUUUACUUCUUUUGCUGUUGGGACAUUAUAACUUUUCAAUUUAUGGCAUAUGUUUGCCAAUGUAUUUUUGAAUUACAAAAAGGAAGAGAUCCUGCUGAAGAUAAGUUUGGGGGAUAGGGAAAGGGGGAUGUAUGAUGAAACACUUUUUCUGAGUUAGUUGAGUUUGUGAUUGGUUAAACAAAGGAAGUUUAAUUUUUUUUUUGAUGAAAUAUUUUAUUCUUUCCCAUUUAUGAUGAUUACCCUCAUCUUUGUUCUUUUUCAUUCUUGCGACUCUUGACUGCUAUUUUCCUGCAAUUUCUUGUUCCUUAAGUUGAAAUUUUUCAAAAAGAUUCAGUCUUUUAUUUGUUUAUUUAUUUAUGAUUCCCUUUUGUCCUGUAACACAGUUGUUCACGAGGUUGUGUCAGUGAAUAAAGAAAUUGAAAAAAGAAAAAGAAAAGAAAUCCAAUCUAUUUGUACCACAUAAGCUCAGAGCAUUAUUUUAAGGUUGUGAUAGAUUAGCCUUUUAUUACCUCAUAACUUAUCUGCUUCGCAACUUGUGAUGAUUCUAAGUGUCUAAUUCAAACUGAACUCUCUCUCAGUCGGCCAGGACCUCUGCUAAAACCUUUACACUUCUCUCUCACGAAUUUUCUUAAAUUGCAGAUAGAAAAUGGGUAAAGCAAUAAGGUGGUUGAAGGGCUUGUUUGGCAUGAAGAAAGACCGGGAAAAGAGGUCUAGGAAGUUCUCCAACACCCCUGAUAAUGUUCAUGCGGAGGAUUCCUCUUGGUUGAGAGCAGAACAGAACAAGCACGCCAUUGCUGUGGCUGCAGCCACCGCGGCCGCCGCGGAUGCGGCGGUGGCAGCAGCUCAGGCGGCUGUUGCGGUGGUCAGACUUACCAGUCAAGGGAGAGGUGCUGUGUUCAAUUUAGGGAGGGAGAAUCAGGCUGCUCUCAAAAUCCAAUCUGUUUUCAGGGGCUACUUGGCUAAAAGGGCUCUGAGGGCUCUCAAGGGACUAGUGAAAAUACAGGCUCUGGUUAGGGGAUACCUGGUAAGGAAAAGAACAGCAGCCACUCUUCACAGUAUGCAAGCUCUCAUUAGAGCCCAAUCCGCUGCCCGUUCUCGAAGAGCCCGCCGUUCCGUGAAUGUUGACAGACUCCCGCCUGAAACACGCGCCAGGAAGUCCAUUGAGAGAUAUGAUGAGUGCAGAAGUGCCUUCCAUAGUAGGAGGCUUUCUGCUUCUUCAUAUGAUACCUCAUUCAACGGCGGAUUGGACGAAAGCCCUAAGAUUGUGGAGAUUGACACUUUCAAGCUAAAAUCGAAGACCCGCAACGCUUGCAUGUCUGAAUGUGGGGAUGACCCCUAUUAUUACCACGCACCCUCAUGUCCAGCGCCAGGCAGAGUAUCCCUCCCUGAUUAUGACUGGAGUUUUCUAGGUGAAGACAUGGGGGCUAAGUUUCAUACUGCCCAAAACACUCCUCGGGCACCAGGCAGGAGGAACGCACCGCCCACACCGCCCAAGAGCGUGUGUGGGGACCACUUCCCGAGUUACAUGGCGAACACGCAAUCGUUUCAGGCUAAGCUGAGGUCACAUAGCGCUCCGAGGCAGAGGCCGGAAGCCGCGGUGGGACCCACAAAGAAGAGGAUGUCUCUGAAUGACAUCAUGGCAUCAAGGAGUAGCUUUACUGGUGUUAGAAUGCAAACCCCUUGUAAUGUAAGAGAUGAAUAUCACUUCUGAUGAUUAAAAGAAGCACUUCAAGUUUUAGUUUCACCUUUUACUCAUUCUCUCAAUGCAUUUAUUUUUAAUUUUAAAUUAUGUUGGAUCCCCGAAAAUGCUUUGGAAUUGAAAGAAAAUGCCAACU